AUGAGCGUACAAUUAUUCAUUAAUAGAACGAAUCCAGAUCAGAGUGGAAAAAGAAGGAAAAAAAAAAAAAAAAACCAAACAAUUUCUAGCACAAGACCCAUCUCUCCCACAACACCAAUGUACUGGGUGCUACUCCUUCUCGUGUCCAUAUGUAUGGCAAACACAGAAACAUACUUGGUCCGAGUGCCUGAGUACUACAAUAUUGUACUGCACCUGUCACCCAUACCCAGGGAAACCAGGUUCAGUCGCCAGCUCCAUCGGCUCAACACCACCCACACAGUGCUACUAGACUACCCCAUUGGCACAAUCGAUGACCAGGAUAUGUCCAACACAAUAACACUCACAUACAAUACCGUGUCACAACCACGGUCAACACUACUAGUGCGUGUGAACAACUACGGCGACAAUACGUUCACAAAUGGCGACAUGCUCAACAUCAAGCUCUGCUGGCCAGCCACCAAGCCAUACGACUUUGACAUUGGCCAUGUGUACAUGCACAGCAACGAGUUGGUAGAGAGCGUGGAGGAUUCGUUUGAUUUGUAUGUGGCGAUCAGGUACAAGUUCCAUGCUUUUAGCUACGACAACGAGAGGUUUUUGCAACAAGAGACAGCAUUGUCCUUCCAAUUGUACGUGAACAAAUUGCCCAGUAGGAUUUUGCCCAUUCCGUUGGAGUUGUACGACACAAUCGUCUAUUUAGUUGAUAUCACAAUCUUCAUUGUCUGGAACAUCUUGCCAUGCUUGGUGAAGUGUGUUUUGUGUGCCCUGGGGUAG